AUGACAAACCGCACCACUUCCUCGCGCUCUGAAAAGCGACAGCGCACUGCAUCCCCCAACCUUGCCUCCGACAAGGAGAAGCCUGUGGCCGUGUCGCCAGCCGGAAACACUCCAACCCUCCCGGACAACUUCAACGGCGAUCUCAGCAUGCUUCCUGACUUCAACCUCAACGCCCAGGAACUUCCCUCCUCCCAAAUUGCCCGCCUUCCUACCGCCGUCACCAACUCGCUGCUCGCCUAUGCCGCUGCCCGGGACCCCUACAUUAACUCCAUUGUUGCUCAUCAACAUGACCUCGAAAGAGCUCGGGAACGCGCCCGCAUCAUCAAGUUUACUCGUGACUCCCAACGAGCUAAGAAAAUGCUUAACACAGAGUACGCCGUGUCCGACAUUGGCAAAUGGUUCGAUGACAUUCUGAAGACUGUUGAAAAGGCUAGAGGAUCCGAUUGUUCGUACGGGACAAGGAAGAAUGCAGUCAAAGCUAUGAUUCAGAUCAUGAGGCAUAUGGUUGUGGCCCUAAACGACGUUCAUUAUCACAAAACUCUUUUCAUGAAGGAGGCGGAUGAGAUGGAGAAGAAGUUGCUGGAGAUGAUGACGCACUUUGACGGGGAUGAAUUGGCGCGGUUGGAUGAGGAGGGCUGGACCGAUGAGGUUAGGGAGUUGAUUCAGGAGACGGGUGGGUAUCCUAUGUAUGGGAGGCUGAAUGAGGUGGUGAAGAUGUUGGAGGGCGAUUAUGAGGAGGAUGGCGAGGAGGAUGAGGAGGUAGAGUAA